GCCACACAUUCUACGCAAAAGGCUCCAAUCUCAUCCCCCCCGAUGCUUUCUGGCCGCGAGCCACGGAGGCUAAAAUGGCGCGGCUGUUUGAUGCGGUCGUGGCCGGGAACCAGAACAUGCUCCGCGUUUGGUCAUCCGGGGUUUACCUCCACGACUUCAUUUACGAUCUGGCGGACGAGAGAGGCAUUCUCUUGUGGAGCGAGUUUGAGUUUAGUGAUGCACUAUAUCCCGUGGACGAUGCAUUUUUGGAAAACGUCGCAGCCGAAGUCGUUUACAAUGUCCGACGCGUGAAUCACCAUCCUUCUCUUGCACUGUGGGCUGGCGGAAAUGAGAUCGAGGUGCUGAUGCUUCUGCUAGUCAAACUGGCAGCCCCGGGGGAUUAUGAGAAGUAUCAAGCGGAAUAUGAGAAGCUAUACAUCAGCCUGAUACUGCCUCUGGUGUAUGAGAAUACACGCUCCAUCUCAUAUACCCCCAGCAGCACGACGCAAGGCUAUUUAUCCAUUAAUCUAUCUGCGCCUGUACCCAUGGAAGAACGAUACCAGUGGAACAUCACCCCUGGGACAUAUAAUGGCAAUACAGAAUACUACAACUACGAUGCCAGCGUUGCUUUCAAUUACCAUCAGUACCCUGUUGCGCGCUUCUCAGGAGAGUUCGGCUUCCAAAGCAUGCCGAGCCUUCAAACCUGGCAGCAAGCCGUCAAUCCCGCCGAUCUGGAAUUCAACAGCAGCGUCAUCAUGCACCGAAACCACCACUACCCGACGGGAGGGCCGAGUACGGAUAGCCUCAACAACUCAGCCCGCGGGAUGGGAGAAAUGACAACAGCGGUGGAGCAGUAUUAUCCCAUUCCCAACAAAGCAGACCCCGUCGCCAACUUUAGCGCCUGGUGCCACGCGACACAGCUUUUCCAGGCCGAUUUCUACAAAUCCCAGAUCCAAUUCUACCGUCGUGGGAGCGGAGGGCCUGAGCGCCAACUCGGCUCCCUUUACUGGCAGCUAGAGGAUAUCUGGCAAGCCCCCUCAUGGGCUGGGAUAGAGUACGACGGCCGAUGGAAGGUCCUCCACUACGUCGCCCAGGAUAUAUACCAACCGAUCAUCGUCUCCCCCUUUUGGGACUCCUCCACCGGCGAGCUGGAGAUAUACGUAACAUCCGACCUGUGGGAAUCCGCAACGGGAACAGUAGAACUCACCUGGCUGGACCUAUCGGGGAACUCCCUCUCCAAUAACGCAGAUACACCAGCAUCGAUUACAUUUCAGGUCGGCGCUCUCAACACCACAAAGAUUUACAGCACCAAUCUUCAGAGCAGCAGCGCAAACCUUACCACUAACUCGAACUCCAUCCUCAUCCUCUCCCUCUCAGCGCGGGGAUCCCUCCCCAACUCUAUCCCGGCGUCUUUCCUGCACCUGAACUACUUCAGCCCUAUCUUCCCCAGGGACCUGGACAUCGUUGACCCCGGUCUUGAACUAACCUACGACCCGUCCUCGGGGACUUUCACCGUAGAAGCUAAAUCGGGCGUCUCACUGUACACGUGGCUAGACUACCCGGCCGGCGUGGUUGGGUAUUUCGAGAAAAAUGCGUUCGUCCUGACUCCCGGGCAGAAGAAGGAGAUCGGGUUCGUGGUCCAGGAGGAUAAUACCGGUGGGAAGUGGGUGGAUGCAGUGACGGUGCGGAGUCUUUGGGAUCAAAAUGUUGUCUAAAUAUACAUCGUAUCACCUUCUAAGCAGAAGUAAAG